AUGAAUGGGCCGUGUGUUGGAAAUACGUACAAGCCGGUCUUGAUCGAUUACCCGUCGCUGUGUCUGCAUGAUGGGCCACUGGGUCUCCGUUUCGCAAACCCCGUCACCGCGUUUCCCGUGGCGAUUAAUGCCGGCGCCGACUGGGACAAAGAGCUACUGUAUGCGCGUGGUGCCGCGAUGGGGGAGGAAGCGAAGGGGCUAGGCGUGCAUGUCCAGCUGGGCCCGGCUUCGGGACCGCUGGGGAAGAACCCAGACGGGGGACGGAACUGGGAGGGCUUUCCCGUGGAUCCGUAUCUUGCUGGUAUUGGAAUGGAGGAGAAGACAAUUCGUGGGAUGCAGGACUCGGGUGUACAAGCGUGCGCAAAGCACUGGCUCGGGAAUGAACAAGAACAUUAUUGCGACACCAUGAGCUCCAAUAUCGGCGACCGUGCCAUGCACGAGCCUUAUGCAUGGCCAUUUAUAGAUGCGGUCAGGGCAAACGUCGCAUCUGUAAUGUGCUCGUACAACAAGCGACAAUAUUCACACAAGCUGCUGAAGGAAGAAAUGGGCUUCCGCGGGUACAUCAUGAGCGACUGGGAUGCGCAGCACAGCACUGUGCAGAGCGCUGUGACUGGGCUCGACAUGACCAUGCCGGGCAGCGACUUCAACAAUCCUCCCGGGAGCAUCUUCUGGGGGUCGAACCUGGAGGCUGCCAUUGCGCACGGGUCUACGCCACAGGCCCGCCUGGACGACAUUGUCACCCGCGUUCUGGCCUCGUGGUAUCUUGUUGGUCAGGAUGAGGGCUAUCCCGAUGUUGCGUUCAGCUCAUGGAAUGGCGGCGAGGCGAGCGUCGAUGUGACCGGUGACCAUGCCACCAUCACCCGUGCUGUUGCCCGGGACUCCAUUGUGCUGGUGAAGAACGAUGGCAAUGCAUUGCCUUUGCAGAAACCUAAGAGCCUGGCUAUUAUCGGCCAGGAUGCUAUUCAAAAUACCUCGUCGGGCCUCUCGACGCUAUUCAGAAACGUGCUACUCCCGGGAACUUGGCUGCGAGUGGUCGUCGAUGAAGCGGAUUUCCUGCUAAGAAUCUAUUCUACUGCUAAGUGA